UUGUAACUAGAAAUCAACAAUAAUAACAGCUCCGUUCACUGCAUCAUUUCACCGCAACAAGAACUUCUUGGAGAUAUGGCUACCGUUGAUUGUUCUAUUUAGAAUUAAUAGUCACGAUUAAAUUAGCAGGAAUAUCAAGUUUUCCACAGUAAUUGGUUUCAAAAUCAUCAAAAAUUACGCUCUCCAAGGUAUUCCCCAGCCCGGGAACGGGGCAGACCGUCUGGGGACUGGACUCUGGAACGGGCCAGUCCUGUGGGAUGGUCUCUGCUUCCGGAAACAUCACCACCGAACACAAGGACAGCAAUAUUCUCUCCUGUUCUAACAGCACAGACUUCAACAGCACACAACACACACACAAUAGCAAAUCAGUUUUCGACCUUGUCAGAAAUGGGACUGUAGCUGACAUUGAGUGUCUUGUUGAGAAGAUCGGCGCAGACUCGCUCAGCACCAGAGAUGAAUGGGGUUAUACUCCGGCACACUGGGCUGCACUCGAUGGCAACAUUGAGGUCAUGCGCUAUCUGGUGGAGCGCGCUGCCCCAGUUGACCUGUCUUGUCUCGGUACGCAAGGCCCUCGUCCCAUCCACUGGGCCUGUCGCAAGGGACACACAGCAGUCGUUCAGGUCCUACUUCAGGCUGGUGUGGCAGUAAAUGCUGCAGACUUUAAAGGCCUCACCCCUCUCAUGACUGCGUGUAUGUUUGGCCGAGCGGCCACUGCAACGUUUCUGCUUGGAAUGGGAGCUCUGAACCACCUGACGGACAUCAACGGAGACACUGCCUUGCACUGGGCCGCUUAUAAAGGACACCCAGAUCUGAUUCGACUGCUGAUGAAUUCUGGUGUAGAUUUGCAGAAAGCUGACAAUUUUGGUUCCAGUCCACUCCAUCUGGCAUGUCUCUCAGGAAACGUAUCAUGUGUCAAGCUGCUUUGUGAAAAGAGCAAGAUUGACCUAGAGCCAAGAGACAAGAACGGCAAGACACCACUUCUGCUGGCCAAGAGUCACCGUCACGACGACAUCGUACACGUGCUGGAGACUCAGCUGAAGAAGCGUGACAGGUGGAUGCCUCCCAUCUCCGAGACUUGGGGUCUACUGUUCGGUGGAGCUGGGAACUCCAAAGGACCUCUUCUACUUUUUAUGUGUUCUGUCCUGCUUUGGGGGUACCCUAUGUACCUUUUUAGGUGUGUCCCCAUUACAUGGAACAACUUGCGAGGUUCGCAUUACUGCUUCAUCUACUGGAACCUGUUGAUGUGGUUGAGCUGGGCUGUCGCCAACCGGAGGGAUCCGGGGUACAUCCCACUCAACUCAGACAACUACUACCGGGCCAUCAAACACAUUCCAUACUAUGACAAGUGGAAGCGCCGUGACAUCGUGUUGUCUCGGUUGUGUCACUCUUGUCGCUGCUUGCGGCCGCUCCGAGCCAAGCACUGUCGCAUUUGUAACAGAUGUGUCGCAUACUUUGACCACCAUUGCCCCUUCAUCUACAACUGUGUGGGAGUAAGGAACAGGAUGUGGUUCUUUCUGUUUGUCAUGAGUGUCGCCAUCAACUGCACAUUCACCAUAUACUUUGCUUGCUACUGCAUAGCAAUCGAGGGCUUCGGGUUGCUCUACCUACUGGGACUCCUUGAAGCUCUCGUGUUCUGCUGUUUCGGCUGGAUAUUGACUUGCACAUCGGUGCUGCAUGCUUGUAUGAACCUGACCACCAAUGAGAUGUUCAACUACAAGCGCUACCCCUACUUGAGAGACAAGAGGGGCAAAUAUCUCAACCCCUUCUCUAGAGGCCCGCUGCUCAAUCUAUUUGAGUUUUUUGUCUGCACACCGAGUGUAAGCGAGGAACACCAUUUGCUGAUAGAUGAUGCUGCUUAAGCUGCAAACUAUUCUAUUUUGUUUACUAAGAUUAAUGGAUUAAAACAGUCUAAGGAAGAGUAAAGAAAGAAGAGAAAAAGCAGGUAGUCCUAACUAUACAUGAAUGUGUUUUCUGCUAAGUGUUCUCAAAGCAAAACCAUGUAUAGCGAGAACUUAUUUUCCAAGCUGUAUUUUUUUAUGCUUGACCAUCACACGCUUACAUUUGGGAGGCAGCCCGUGAAGGGUGUCAUAAAAGUCUAAAAUCUAUUAAACAUGGGUUGAGCAUCACGUUAUUUUUCAAUGCUAUAAACCGCAUCGUAAAUGGUUGAUCAAAACGGAACCAUCCGCAUGAACAAGGAAAUCAGUAACUGUGAAGUUUAAAUACAUUCCUAAUGGUGCUUCUACAACUUUUAAUUAGCCGUUUCUGUGGUUUUAUCCGGGUAUAACUUAUCACUAAACAGGUCUUAGUGACAUGUCUUAUAAUUUAGAAUUGACAAUGUUAGGAAAAAAGUAUUUUUUAUCUCUUGAGUGUUAACACUUGAUGUAUUGAUAUUUAAAGGGUACAAUUACUGGUUUUUGAAUACAUGCUGUAAUUUCUGGCUCGAUCAACCUUUUAAGAUGCAGUUUCUGGUUAACUGAGCUCAUUAUAAUGUGGUGUACCACUGACCAUCAUAUUUAAGGAAAUUGUGUGAAAAACAUGUAAUAUAACCAUAACCAUACAAUACUGUGCAAAACUGUUCAAACACACUGUAUAAAAUGGCUAAGUACUCCAAAAGAUAGAUCUGAAACUUGUAAAAGAUAUAUUUUUAUCAUGAAUGGUAAAUGUUGAAGAGUAAUAGUUUGGGAUUUGCCAAAAAAAUGAAUGGAUGCCAAAAUUACACAUUUGAUAUACACAUUUGAUAAUUUGUAUUCUGUAAGAAGUUGAAAGAAUGGAUCCGUCUUAAGUGGCUUUACUGAAUUUGGUGUUAUAAAAUUAAAAAGGAUAUUUUUUUCACAAUAACUGUUACAACUUUCAAUUGGGUAAAAUACUAGUCUAAAUUCAAUCACUUGCAACGAUACAAUAAUACAAAAUAUUUACUGCACCACAUUUCCAAACAAUUUUACAAUCGGCUUUGACCUUUGCUAUGUAUUAUCUUUAUCAUUGACUUUUUGACUUUUACAUAGGUUGAAUAGCUGCCUAUUUUGUACUUAAAAAGUAUAUAGUUGAAUGUGCCACUUGCAAAAAUACAGUCUAAGAUUAUAUUUUCUGCCUCAAGUUUUGUAACUGAAGUAGGCCUAGAUGAUGUGGCAAAAAAAAUGCCAUAGCUUACAAGAUGUUGUCCUAUUAGUUUUACUUGGUUAAAAAGUUGGCGUAUUCAACAGAAAUCAGUAAUGUACAUCCAUCACCUUCUGCCUGUGCCUCAAUUCAACUAUGUCCAUUUUCAUUAAUAAAUAACUGGCAAUACUUGGGGAUGUAAUGUCUAGUUCUAUCACACUCUAGUUCGCGCUAUUCUUCGAUGCUACCACAAAAAAAUACAUAUAAAAAUCACUGCACAAAAUAAUAUUUAUGAUAUACUUGUAUUCUGCUUUUGUAUUCCAGCAAUAAUAGUUUUCAAUUUGUAAUUUGUUUUAUUAAUAUAUUUUCAGAGGUGAUACCUGUGAACUAUUUGUAAGGUUGCUUGUUAUAAUAAAAUAAAAUUUAACUUUUUUAUUGUU